ACGCCCAAACCAUCUGCCACAAUGUCCGGCUUCGUCAGCGCAGACUACUCCUCCAACCCCGUCGACAUCCCUGACACGUUCCUCACCACUCCGCCCUCCCAGCCCGUCACCUCUACGCCCGUCCCCUGGAAGGACUCCCCCGUGCCCGAGUACGCCAAGUGCAAGGCCUGGAUCCUCGACAACGUCCUUUCCCUCGAAGAGUGCAGCCAGCUGAUUGCCUAUGCCGAGGCUUCGGCGCGAGUCGAGAAGCCCGACGAUUCGCCAUGGAGACCGGCCCUCAUCAGCGUUGCUCCCGGGCUGGAGACUCGGGCCCCAGGCUACCGCAACAGCGACCGCAUCAUCUGGGAUAACCAGCUUCUCGUGGACCGCCUGUGGGAUCGCUGUGCUCAGGUGGAAGGGUUGCAGGAGCUCGUCGCCACAGCUCCGUGCACCAGGCCCGACUACAGACGCGACCGCAAGGGAACGUGGAAGUUUGAGCGCCUGAACGAGCGCAUGCGCUUCCUCAAGUAUACCCCCGGCAUGUUCUUCAGGGCACACUGCGAUGCCUCAUAUCGACCUGACAACACCGAUGGACCAAUCCUGGAGACGUAUUAUACCGUGCAUCUCUACCUCAACGACGAAGGCUUGGUCGGUGGCGCUACAUCCUUUCUCUCGCGUGACAAGUCGAGGCGCGUGGAUGUCAAUCCCAAGGCGGGCAGCGUCCUCAUCUUCCAACAUCCCUCGCUGUUGCAUGAGGGAGCGGAAGUGCUUGAAGGGGUCAAGUAUACCAUGAGGACGGAAAUCAUGUACCGCUGGGAGGACGAGGCCUAAAGCUGAGACUCGAGUGAAUGCGCCUUUGCCCGGUCA